AUGAACGGAAAAGAUUGUCGCAGAUGUCUUGCCCUUUUGUCUCAGAUUGAGCAAAAAGAUGCCAUAAUUGAAAAAUAUCGAAAAAUUACGAAAUACCAGUCUGAUCUUAUUCAAGAUUUAUCUAAUGGAGGAAACCUUGAUCUAACGCCGCCUAUUAUAUCUUAUGAUAAUGAAUUCCUGGCAGUAACAACUCGAUCAACCGUUGUCAGUAGUUCAUUUUAUCGAAUUUAUAUCGGACCAUUAACCGAUGAUAUUGACAAAGAAACAUUAAAGCAGAGUCUUGAGGCAUCAUUUGGUCCCGUGGAUAGCCUUGAUUUUAUUCCCGGCAAGUCUUGUGCUUUUGCAAAUUUCUCAUCACCAACUGCGUUUAAUAAUGCUAUUAAAGAAGGGGUUAUUAUUGUUAAAGAUCAUAUGCUAAGUGUUGAACAAGCUAAGAAACCACCCAGGUCUCGAACUAAUAGAAAGAAAGUAAUAGUUUGA